GGAGGAUGUGGCGCAUGCGUGGUGGCGCCACCAGGCGCGGGAGUUGCGGCGGCGGGGACGGCGGCGGGGACAGCCGCGGGCCUGGCAGCCCGGGCCGGGUUCGUGGGGGCGGCGGCGGCGGCGUGGGCUGGCGAGGCCGCGCGGGCGGCGCCCGACAGCAGCUGGAGGAGCGGUUUGCCGACCUGGCAGCGAGCCACCUGGAGGCCAUCCGUGCGCGGGACGAGCGGGAGCGGCAGAACGCGCGGCUGCGCGAGGAGAACGCCCGGCUGCGGCUGGAGAACCGGAGGCUGAAGCGCGAGAACCGCAGCCUCUUCCGUCAGGCUCUGCGGGUUCCCGGCGAAGACGCCGACGGGGCGCCCGCGGAGGUGAAGCCGGGCUCCGAGGACGUCGGCACGAACCACAGGGCGAGAGGCAGUGACCGCGAGGACGAGCCGGGCAGCCCCCGGGCCCUGCGGGCCCGGCUUGAGAAGCUGGAGGCCAUGUACCGCCGGGCCCUGCUGCAGCUGCACCUCGAGCAGCGGGGGCCGCGCCCGCGUGGGGACAAGGAGGAGCAGCCCUUGCGGGAGCCUGACUCGGGCCUCUGCGGCCGGGACCCAGAGCCCGCCGGGCCCUGUUUGUAGCGGAGGCCGCAGCCGGGAGAGGCGGGGCCUCGCGCUGCCCCUCCCCCUCCGCCCCGCGGCUCCCCACGUCGCGGCG